AAUUACAAAAAGUAGUGGCUGUGUUGUUUGGUCAAAAGUUGACCACACAAAAUUUUCUAGAUUUUGUCAAAUUUUGUUCAAAAAGUACUACUUACAGGCGAAAAAUAGCUUAAAAACAACUGCAAUUGAAUACAUGGUUCUCAAACUAUACGUAAGACAAAACAUCGUGACGGAGUGAACUAUGGCGAAAUUAGUAGCGGUUUGCCGCUCGGAUGACUAUCCGUUUGAACGAAGGCAACUUCCAUUGGAGGUCGACGAGAAUCUGAAGAUGGUUGUCCAAUUCAAUGACACAUGUCUGGGCUGUGAACACAUGGGCCUCAAAGAGAAAGAACUCGAGGACUUUGUACAAAAGUUUAGUAUUUUGAAUAAGGAUGAAACGGCUGUUGCUUUAAUGGUACCUAAACGAGAUAUAUUUGCCCUGCUUUCCCAGACAGUACCAUGUGUUGGCUGUAGAAGGAGUGUUGAGCGUUUGUUCCAACAGUUGGUAGAGACGGACCAUCCUGCUUUGGAACCAUUGUGUGUCUGCCCCGGUUCUUCCCUCUCAAUUAAACGCAAUUACCUGUUUGACCCCAAAGCAAUAUACGCUCUUUUCUAUAUACAUGGGUCCAAGUUAUUAAACGUGAUGGAAUCCAUACCAAAGAGCAAGAAAAAUAAACGCUGUGUCCUACAUUCCCUUGAUACACACAAGGCAAAGUCUAUAGGUUGCUGGAAGGAUGUGUGGCAGGUGAUGUCUACCGAAUGCCGGGAAGAAGUUGUGCUCAUUGAUGCAGAAAGUCUUAUGGACACAUUAGAUAACUAUUUAAGAAAGCACAGGUUUUGCUCAGAGUGUAAAGCUAAAGUAGUGGUGGCUUACAAGAUAUUAGUUGGAGAGGUAGACUGCACCCAAGAGAAGGCAUACUGCCCUAUGCUCUAUGAUGGUCUAAGAUGCUGUCACCAGGAGAAGCACGUCCAUGUGUCAUGUGAGACAGACUUUAUCGCACGUUUGAUCGUCAGAGCAGAACCAGAACUUGUUGGAAACAAUCGUCGAGAGCGUCACGCCAAGACUAUAGAUGUCGCACAGGAAGAAGUAUUAACAUGUCUGGGGAUACACUUGUAUGAGAGGCUGCACAAAAUAUGGCAGAAGUUGAGAGCUGAAGAACAGACAUGGCAGAUUCUUUUCUACAUGGGGAUUGAUUCAUUGAAGAAAAGCUUUGAGAUGGAGCUUGAGAAGAAACAGGGGGUUUCUAACUUGGAGUUAAUGUGCGAAGAGCUGCUGCUGGAAGAACGUGCCAAGGAACAAAAACGCGAACAGAAACGUCAGAAGAAGAAGAAAAAGAAACAAAAAAGUGCAAAACCCGACAUUGAUAAUGAAAAGGAAAACUGUAAGUGUGAUGAAAAUACCAAUACCACUGCUACAAUCUGUGCCUCCUGUGAUGACCACUCCUCCAAGGCUAGUAACCUGCCACUCAGCUGUCAAGACUGUGAUGGCCAAAGACAACCUGUCAUAAAAGGGGGUGGGGCUGAGAAAAAAGGAGGAGCUAAAGGCGGGUCCAGUUGCCAAUUGCUUAGCGAAACCAGUUGUCGGAAUGGAAACCAGAACCAGAAUGGUUACCAUAGUAUUGUAGCUGAUAGUUGUCAUGGCAAUAGUGAUAGCAGUCGUAGUGAUAGCAGUUGCCGUAGUGACAGUAGUUGCCUCGGUGAUCAGGGGUACUCAUCAUGGUUGGAAGGCUGUGAAAGUUGUAGUAUACCAAGUUCUGCUGAAGGAUCAGAAAUCGCCAGUCAAGAUGGUGAUUCUAGUCCAUGUUGUAUAAGGCACAUGCAUGGGGAACUACCUGAAGUUUGCCAUGACUGUACUACAUUGGAGAGCGGCGUCAAGAAAUCACCUCGGAAGAAUGGCUUUGUCAGAAAGUGUGAGCAGAGAGAUGUUGGAUCAAUGAAGAAUGGAGCUUUAAGUAAUGGGAGCAUAAACCAAAGAUACGGAGGUCUUACAUUGACUCUUGAGGACAUGCUGGAGGAGCCGUGUUCAUCGGGUGAUGAGGAAAACAACUUCAUCACUGAGGAAGAAAUUCAGCAAUUUAAGGCUAAGCAGUCUCUAAUGGAUACCCAGAGACAACAACUUCGUAAAACUCUCCGCCAGAGGUUCCAAGAUCAUAUGUGCUCUUUGCGUACAAAGGGGGUCUGUGCUUGUGAACAGACAGGCUUCAAUGAAUAAUAUUGUCUCAUGGAAACAGCUUGAGACACCUGUGGUUAUUUUGGGAAUUAUUUCUUUGAGAAAAUAUAUUAUGAGACACCAUUGAUAAUAUAAGUUGUGUGCUCAAACAGAAUGCUGAGUUGACUAAAAAUGUCUGCUAGUCAUAUUUUUCACUGCUUUUUCAUCCAGAA